UAUCAGCACGCUGGUUCUGCUCAUCGUGCCGGCCUCAACGCGGACGCGGAACCCGCGAAGUCUCUCGUCUUUCGAGAAGCGCCGUGGGGUUCUUCAGUUCUAUAUUUCGAGUUCCCCUUGAUUUCGAUCGUCCGCCAUAGUUAAUGGCCUCAGUUCCUCAAUCCCGUGCAUCUCUGCGCUCCGAAAGGCAGUUACCCCCGUCGAAACUCGCUGGUAUGGUCGGUGGGGGUGGGAACCCUCCGCUCGUACGCCCGAAGCCGUCCGGAGGGAAACGUUCAAUGAGCAUAGGGUCGAGGACGUCCUUUGAAGUUGAUGAUGCCGAUUCUGGAAGAGUUCGAGUUGCUGUUAGAGUUUGCCCGAAAAAUGCCGAGGACCUCUCUAAUGAAUCUGAUUUUAUUGACUGUGUCGAGUCACUGCCUGAGCUGAAGAGGUUGAAGUUAAGAAAGAAUAAUUGGAAAUCUGAAUCUUAUAGAUUUGAUGAGGUCUUUACAGAAAGUGCUUCUCAAAAGCGAGUUUAUGAAGUCGUUGCAAAACCUGUAGUCGAGAGUGUAUUAAAUGGGUAUAAUGGGACAAUUAUGGCUUACGGUCAAACAGGUACCGGAAAAACAUAUACCAUUGGUCGACUUGGAGAGGAUGAUCCUUCUCAACGCGGAAUCAUGGUUAGAGCUAUGGAGGAUAUUCUUGCUAAUACUUCUCCUUUGCAAGAUACCGUGUCAAUAUCUUAUCUGCAGGCAUGUCAAUUGAUCCUUCCCUUAAACUUGGGCCGUUGCUUGUUUGUUGAUUUACUGUUGAUGUAAUCAUAAGAUUAUGAAAGUUAUAUUUGCUAUCUAGUGAUCAAU